CAAGUCAUCCUCAUCACCGGCGCGUCGGGCGGCAUCGGCCGCGCGUGCGCCAUCGCCCUCUCCGAAGCGUACCCGAAGUGCGUGCUCGUCUUAUCUGGACGCCGCGCCGACGCGCUCCGCGAAACAGCGGACGCGUGUACCGGCCCCACGGAGAUCGCCGUCGGCGACGUGAGCAAGGACGAGGACGUGGCCAGCAUGUUCGAGAUGGUGACGAAGAAGUAUGGGCGGCUGGAUGUGCUGUUCAACAACGCCGGCGUCGACCUCCUCCCAUCGACGCCGCUCGAAGACGCCGAUAUGGCGACGUUCCGCCGCGCCCUCGACAUCAACAUCAUGGGCGCGGUGCUGUGCACGGCCGCCGCGAUCCGGCUGAUGCGGACGCACGGCGGCGGCCGCAUCGUGAACAAUGGGAGCAUCGCGUCGUCCGCGCCGCGCCCCAACGCGGCCGCGUACACGGUUUCGAAGCACGCGGUGCUCGGCCUUUCGCGCUCGACGUCGCUCGACGGACGCAAGUUCGGUAUCACGUGCACGCAGCUCGACAUCGGCAACGCGGCCACGGACAUGAUUUCGCAUGCGGCGCGCGGGGCUACCCAAGCCGAUGGGAGUGUGCGCCCCGAGCCGAUGAUGCGUGUUGAGAAUGUCGCGAAGACGCUCGUGUUCUUGGCGGGACUGGGCGCGGACGCAGAUGUGAUGCGCAUGGAGAUUCUUGCAGCGGGCAUGCCGUUUAUUGGGCGUGGGUAG